AGCACAAAGAGCUGUGGAGAUUACUCCUCAUAUAAGGAAGUUCGUUGAGGGUGUUCAGAAUGACAAAAUUGAACCAAAAUCAGAUUCGUACGUCGAUGUAGUUGAGUGUCUAAAAGAUCCUCUACUGUUGGCUAAGUUGACCUUUUUCAAAUCCGUUGCCGCUGAAGUAGAACCAUUUUUGCGCGAGUUCCAAACGGAUAAUCCCAUGGUGCCAUUUUUGUAUAACAAUUUGAGUCAAAUGGCUAGAAGUAUAUUGGGAAGAUUCAUGCAGAUCGAUCAGCUAAAGAACAUCACUCAGGUAACAAUAGAAGAGAUCAAUGAAGCCAAGAAUCAUUUACCAAUGAAAGAGAUUGUAUUGGGUUUUGAAACAAGAAAAGUUUUAAAAAACUCGUCAAAAUUGACCCAAAAACAAAUUCUGCAAUUUCGUCUGGAAUGCAAAGGAUUUUUGAAAGCACUGAUUCUAAAGCUUAUGAAGCGAUCGCCAUUGACGUAUCCUGUGACGAAAGCCGCAUCCUCUCUUGACCCUUCAGUCAUUGAUUCCGAUCAAAAAUUGGCUGGAAAACGAUUCGAAAAGCUUUUAACUAUAUUGAUGGAUUUUGGUCGUAUCAGUGGAGCUUCAGCAGACUUGGCACUGAAACAAUAUUUAAAAUUAGUUGGUAGCAACAAAAGCAACAAGUUUGCCUACUAUGAUCGGAAAAAUGAACGACUGGACCAUUUCUGGAAGGGAUUGCUAUCGGGGGAUGAGUUUAUGGAACUUUUUACCAUCGUAAAAAUGAUCUGCUGUCUCUCGCAUGGAAACGCCAACCUUGAGAGGGGCUUUUCCAUUAACGCUGAAUGUCUUUUUGAAAACAUGCGUGAGGAAUCGGUUGUUGCUAAGCGACAAAUUUAUGACGCUGUAUUUCACGCUGGAGAGAUAGCAUCAAUACAAAUUUCGAACCAGCUAAUUCAACGAGUUCGAAAUUCUCACUCCCUUUAUAUAGAAGACAAGGAACGCCGUAAGAAAGAAGAUCUUGCGUCAAAUGCGUCAAAGAUGAUGAAACGUCAACGAGAAGCAGAAGCGAAAUCUUUAGAGAUCAAACGGAGUAAAAUUUUGGAAAACGCACAGAAGGAAGCCGAAAGUUUGCAAGAAAAAAUCGCUUUGUUGAAAUCAACUGUUUUGUAAAACUCAUCCGAAUCAAAAUAAAUAAAAUUUUCUGCUGUAUUAGUAUUUAAGCAUCUUUCAUGAACUGCAUGAAUAAAUCAUGUUCUAUCUUUUACGCCGUUUCUCAGUCUUUGUAUAAUUCAAACAAAAAAAUACAAAAAACUCAUUUAUUGGAUUAUAUUCGCUCAUAAAUUUACUUGUUCUAGCCUUCAUAGAUACUUACUAGCUGUUAAAAAACAGAACUAAAAUAAAAAUUUUGAUCACUAGUCUAUAUCUGGAAUUUUUCUGGAAAAGUACUGGAAAAUCAGGGAAUAUCAGGGAAUUUUUUUUCGGAAUUUGAGUCG